GGGCCUGAGAUUUCUUGUCCCAAGUCUCUCACGCUUUUCUCUCUUUAUCUGUGAUUCUGGCUCGUCUUCCUCUGGCGCGUUCGCGGAUUUCUCUGCUUUUGGUGCAUGGAGACCCGCUGUGGGGGAAGCAAAGCAAAAUGAUGCUUCAACACCCAGGCCAGGUCUCAGCCUCGGAAGUCAGUGCCUCAGCCAUCGUCCCCUGCCUGUCCCCUCCUGGGUCACUGAUGUUUGAGGACUUUGCUAACUUGACACCCUUUGUCAAGGAAGAGCUGAGGUUCGCCAUCCAGAACAAGCACCUCUGCCACCGGAUGUCCUCUGCACUGGAGUCAGUCACUGUCAGCAGCAGACCUCUCGAGAUGUCAGUCACGAAAGUCCAGGUAGCCCCUGAAGAAGAUGAAAGGAAAAAGAGGCGACGGGAAAGAAAUAAGAUCGCAGCUGCCAAGUGCCGAAAUAAGAAGAAGGAGAAGACGGAGUGUCUACAAAAGGAGUCAGAGAAGCUGGAGAGUGUGAAUGCUGAACUGAAGGCCCAAAUUGAGGAGCUCAAGAACGAGAAGCAGCAUUUGAUAUACAUGCUCAACCUUCAUCGGCCCACGUGCAUUGUCCGGGCUCAGAACGGGAGGACUCCAGAAGAUGAGAGAAACCUUUUUAUCCAACAGAUAAAAGAAGGAACCUUGCAGAGCUAAGCAGCUGUGGUCUGGGGGCACCUGGGGAGUCCUCAUCGAAUCGUCCUUCUACAUCCAAAACCCUGCAGCUUUGGAGAUCUGACUUCCUGUGCACCUCUCGAAUCCCAGCAGCAAAGAACCAUGGAGGCGGGAGGGCUCAGUGACUCAGCUGGGCCUCUCCACUCUGCCCCAGAGUGGACUUCGGACCAGAACAAGGGCAUUUUUUGCCUCAACUCCAGGAUUAAGGCCUUCACAUAAUGGCCAUUCUUGGGUUGUCCUGAUGGCCCCUGGUUAGGGUCCUGCCUGCCUUCAUCUGGAUUCUACCAAAACCAGGACUCCCACCAUCAGGAUUCAUGCAAAAGAAGUGUCUGUAC